AUGGAGCCCCGGGUGGUUGCGGAUGCUGUGGAGGCGGGGGAGGAGGACGUGAUUAUGGAGGCUCUGCGCACGUACAACCGGGAGAACUCCCAGAGCUUCACGUUUGAGGACGCCCAGCAGCAGGAUCGGAAGAGGCUGGCGGAGCUGCUGGGCUCGGUCUUGGAGCGGGGCCUGCCGCCCUCCCGCCGCGUCACCUGGCUGCAGAGCAUCCGCAUCCUGUCCCGGGAUCGCAGCUGCCUGGACCCCUUCACCAGCCGCCAGAGUCUGCAGGCCCUUGCCCGCUAUGCCGGCGUCGCCUUGGAGGAGUCGGUCCCCGAGCCUCUGGACGUGGACGUUGUCCUCGAGUCCCUCAAGUGCCUGUGCAACCUCGUGCUCAGCAGCCCUGUGGCGCAGGUGCUGGCGGCAGAGGCCCGCCUGGUGGUGAGGCUGGCAGAGCGCGUGGGGCUGGGCCACCAGACCAGCUUCCCGCACGACGUCCAGUUCUUUGACUUGCGCCUCCUGUUCUUGCUCACGGCACUUCGCACGGACGUGCGGCAGCAGCUGUUUCAGGACCUGCAGGGGGUGCGCCUGCUGACCGGCGCGCUGCAGCUGACCCUGGGACUGAUCCCCGGGGAGAGCCCGCCGGAGCUCCUUCCUCCCCAGGAGACCGAGCGGGCCAUGGAGAUCCUCAAAGUGCUGUUCAACAUCACCUUUGACUCCGUCAAGAGGGAGGUGGACGAGGAAGAUGCUGCCCGUUACCGGCACUUGGGGACCAUCCUGCGGCACUGUGUGAUGGUCGCUGCUGCUGGAGACCGCACGGAGGAGUUCCACGGGCACGCGGUGAACCUCCUGGGGAACUUGCCCCUUAAGUGUCUGGAUGUUCUCCUUACCCUGGAGCCGCGAGAAGGCUCCCUGGAGUUCCUAGGAGCCAACAUGGAUGUGAUUCGUGUUCUCCUCAGCUUCCUGGAGAAGCGUCUGCACCAGACGCACAGGCUGAAGGAAAGCGUGGCCCCUGUGCUGAGCGUGCUGACGGAGUGUGCCCGCGUGCACCGGCCCGCCAGGAAGUUCCUGAAGGCACAGGUGCUGCCCCCGCUGCGGGACGUGAGGACCCGGCCCGAGGUUGGUGAGUUGUUGCGGAACAAGCUUGUCCGCCUCAUGACGCACCUGGACACGGACGUGAAGAGAGUGGCCGCCGAGUUCCUGUUUGUGCUGUGCUCCGAGAGUGUGCCCCGGUUCAUCAAGUACACGGGCUACGGGAAUGCCGCCGGCCUCCUGGCUGCCAGGGGCCUCAUGGCGGGGGGCCGGCCUGAGGGCCAGUACUCGGAGGACGAGGACACGGAUACGGAUGAGUACAAGGAAGCCAAGGCCAGCAUAAACCCAGUGACCGGGAGGGUGGAGGAAAAGCCGCCCAACCCCAUGGAGGGCAUGACGGAGGAGCAGAAGGAGCAUGAGGCCAUGAAGCUGGUGAACAUGUUUGACAAGCUCUCUAGGCACAGAGUCAUCCAGCCCAUGGGGAUGAGUCCCCGGGGUCAGCUGACAUCCCUGCAGGAUGCCAUUUCCGAGACCAUGGAGGGGCAGCUCUCUUCGGAACCCGACUCUGACCCCGACUGAGGACCGCAGUCUUCUGUUCUCCCUUCAGAACUGGUGCUGCUUCCAGAGAUGUCUUGGGACUGUGACCCGGGGAAGCCACGUCCCUCUCUCCAGCUUGGAGAUCCCUUGCUCUUUACUUCCAAAGUUCUGUUAAUGAUUUGUCUCUGGCCCAAUUUCUUAGCUUUAGGACUGUGAGGGCCUUGUCCCGCUGCAACUCUGGGAACUCAGCCUUGAUUUCCGCAGAUGAAGUAGUCUUGUGUGUGCUGAGAGGCUGCUGCCUGGGGACAGAGGCUUGGCGGGG